CAAAUUUGUUGCGAUUCUAUUCCCUGGUCGUAAAGAUACCUUGAUGAGGCGAGUGUUGGGCGUUGCAAUGUGCCAAGAAUAAUCAUCGUAGUAUUUGACACCGCAACCCCCGAUCGAACAAGGUGAAGGUCCAUGCCGGGCUCGUGUCGAGCAAAAUGUUUGAGUUUUAACAACUUUGAGACAGUCUACAACAUGUUAUUUGCAAGAAGCUGCGUUCCGGUUUUGUUCUUCUCCAAGGAGAGGCGAUAUUUCUUCCUGAUGGAAGAUUCUCGUUGCCGGGUUCUUCCCUCGCCUGUGGUAUUCUUGUGGUGCUUGGCACUGUGUAUUGCGUCGUGCGCCAGUGAAGUAAUUGCAAUUGCAGCUGCUCCUCCUGCCAGCACGUCGACGACCCCGCUGCAGCGAAGCGAGAUCUUGAGCCAAAGUGAUCUGCACCGCAACGACGAGCAGGAGCCAUCAGCUAUUCGUGAGUAUGAAUUUGAUUACGACGACAUCCUUCGCCUUUUGGCAAUAGAAAAGUUCCGCACGACCGAAUCUUUUCGGUAUGCCCUGGCGAGUGGGGACGCAAGCGUUCGCUUUCGUGCGGAGUCGAUCCCGAUGGUGACUGGGUCGCAGCGGGCUUACAUCUUGAAGCAGUUCAGAAAGAAGUUUUCUGCUUUGUCCGGCGACAGGGUUUUACCUUCCGAACAAGCAGAGAUAGACCUGCAGGAUGUAAUAGCCCUAGAGAACGCCGGACGUGAAAAUGCGACGGGAGUAGAAGUUUUGACUGCGCCUUGUCUUCGACGCCGGGACCAACCUCCUCAAGACUUGCUCGGCUCGUUGCGAUAUUACGCUUUGCUGUAAUACAAUGCAACCCGAUUAUUAUGUCGCCAUGCUUGACUUUCCGCUGUCGACCGAGUGUCGGAAUGGUACGAGCAAAGAAAUAAAGUUGCAGGUACGGCUGCCGCAAACUAGAAAUACUAGAUGUAGAUACGUAGUAUGGGAGCGUCAGGAUCGAAAUCGACAAAAUCGUAAAAAAAUUAUGGCAGUCCUUGGCGGGGGCCUUCAGGGCGCCCCCUCCGGGACCCCUUUCGAUUCUGACACACUCAAGCAUACCGUCGCGACUAGCUCAAAAAGGUCCGAGUGUGUCAGAAUCGAAAUGCGAAAUCCCGGCACCCCUCCAGGGAGCCCCUGGAUUUUUUUUCGAUUUUGCGAAUUUCGAUCCUGACGCGUCCAUACGUAGACAAAUUGAGUUACACUCAAAGUCAGAGUAAAACUAAAAUCGCGAUCCGUGCUUUUGCUUUUACUUCACGCACUGGCCGCGACGUUCUGUCGCUGGCCUUGCGCGGAAUUUCGAUUUAGCACCCACAAGCACGUCCACGCGUCGUGGGGGUGUUUCUCGUCCAACAUGCAGCGCUCCUUCACAUAACCAUAAGUGAGAGUUUGCGGAUAGUACCUGAAACGAGGCAGAAUUCUGUGCGUGCUAAGGUGUGUGUGCUUCACCUCUUUGCGUUUGCCUCACGCAAGGGGAGAGCAUGUGUUGCGCCAAAACUAGCACCAACAGGAGCGCGUGCACGUGCUCAAAGACAAUGAAUGCAUUAUAUUAAAAGUGUCCUCAGCGGCAACGGCAUGACGGAAAAGUCCAGUCCUUCCUGAUAUUCUGUCGCGUUCGCGGAGCGAUUCAUAGCCGGAUUUCCUUCGCGGGGAAACCAGAGGCGAGGAGAAAAAACGGAUUCCAUCACAUGCACGAUUGACUUCCUAAGGAGGGGUUUGUUUCCUGGCGUGAAGUUUCUCCGCCGUGUUGUUUCCAGCUUCAGGUAUGAGAAGGACCCCAACGCACGGAAAAACCUAUUUGCUGGUGCCAAACAGCUUGUUGCGGUAUGGAAGGCGUGUUUGGCGCUGGAAGCGGCGGUCGGGAAGGGGAAUGAAAGAACAGAUAGUGGUUGUGAAAGUUCCCUAUCUACAACUCCGACGAAAAGAAGUAGUCCGCUCCCGGUUGAUGUUGAGGUCUCUACCGCUCAUGGUGACCCGGUUGUUGAGGAGCAAACGUAUCAAAGUCUGGAGGAGGCUCAGAGCGAGAUUGCCGCGGUGCAGGAGCAAAUUGAAGAACAAGAGGCUGAUGAAACAAGAAAUGGCCAGCACGGAGCGGCGAAGCGUGUGCCUUUUCAUCUUGGAGAUGAAACAGAGGAUGCAGCGAUGGAUGAUCCGGAGCAUUCGAUCAAGAUUUUGGCCACCAGUCUGGUGGACUACGAAUGGCUACACGGUCUGCAUGCAGCUGCACUCCCGUCCGUGAGGCAUGAGCAGAGCGGCGCGCCGUCAACAGCGACCACCAGCAACAAAUAUUACGCUGACGAGGAGCAGCACUCAUCUUCAUUCUCGUCGUCGUCGUGGGCACAUGAUUUACAAAAGUCCUGCAAGCGAAAGGUUCAAGUCGUGCCUUUUUUGAUUGACAUCGCCGCCGUUCAGAUCGAAACUGUUGCCGCUGCGGUAGAGCGAAGCGCGGCGGAUCUGGUGCUCUUUCUGAGUCCAUUCCUUUCCGAAGCACCGCCAGCUGGAGUGGCUUGCAGUUUGAUCGACGAUUACUUGGAUGAAUUUCAGUCGCGCCAAAUAAAUGAACAUAGAGCUCGUGGACAUGAUCUACAAGUAGAGCCGGAUAUUAUUGUCCUCUAAAAAAGUACUUUUGACUAUCGUGAUCGUACUUCCAUUGCUACAGAGAGGACGCAUCGCUACCUUUUUACGACCUGGACAAGCAGGAGCUUUGACCAGAGCCAUUCGCUCUUUCUGAAAAAAUGUCAUGCCAUCUGUUUUCUUGUUCUUCCGAUAUUCUGAGAGCGACGCUUUUAAGUACUUUUGCGAGGCAUAAAGAAGACACUGGAGCAGGAGGAGGUCGCGCGCGGCGACUCGAUCGACGUCGACCCGUCUGGCAGCGAGAAGACGAAGCAGGCAGGAGACGAAGCUCCACCUGUUCGGACGAAGUUGAGAAGUGACAAAAAUGUUCCUGCAGUGGUGGCGGGCCUCUGCCGCAUGCAAACUCGUCGCAGCACGGCUUCCGGUCGUCCCGGUGUUACGGGCAUGGAGUGGCCUACCCGGGAGGUGACAUGGCAAGACUGGCGUCUCGAGUUUGGUCCCUCGGGAAGCCAUUUCCCACCGAAGAAAUUGAUCCUGUCGCACCAGUGGCUGGAAAGCUCUACUACCAGCGCUACACGACUGAUGCCAGCAGAACUGUUUCAGCAGUUUUUGCAAGACGCGUUUGCUGGAGCUGGCGCUGGACAGCAUGCUCCUCGUGGAGACACAAAUAAAAGCGAGAAUGUCUCCGCACCCGAGAGGGAAAAAGUGCCGGGCUCGCCGGAUCGUGAACGUGGCCAAUCCGAAAAAACAGAAGAUGAGCAGAGCAAGAUGAUUCGAAGGGUUUGCGAGGAGACCUUUGAGAUAUCCCCAUAGAAGCGUCAGCGUAUUAUCCAUUCUACAUUAAGAUUAACAUUCAAGAUGAAGAUGGUACUUCUACUAACGGAGCUGCUGGCGCUGCGCAUUCGAGAUGCCAUUCAAAGAAGAGUUGUAAAUCCGAAUGGCGCUGGGAGCGGGUGUCCACUAAAUGAUGAUGAUGAUGAUGAUUCUCAUGGGUAGAUAUUAGAAGAGCAUACUGGAGCUGCCGUGUCAUGAAUUCCAGACUUCUCCUGAUUAGAGCCGAAUGAAAAUUCUCGCAAUCACAAACAAGAACAGCGCCGUAUCUUCUGCUUCAGACUUGUACAUUAACAUUUCUAUAUGCAUUUGCAGAUCAUCAUCAUCGUAAGUACAAGAUAUGCUCCCUGAAAGCUAGGCUGUGGGUGAUACUGACGCUUUUGUAGAGAAUAUCAGAACAGUCUCCCCUUUGAUGAUGUCCGUGGAAAAUACCCGAACGUAUCCAGGAAAAAACAUGCAUCCCACCAGUUUUUGCAUGGCAAGGGCAACCACUGGAAAUUAUGCACGUUUUGCACGACAGUGACGAACUGGAUGGAAAUGGGUGUUUUUUCCUGGAUAGAACGGGAUCUACUUCGGAAGUCCUGGGAUGAUCCAGAAAAUCUGUGCUGGAGCUCCGCAGUAUUUUCAUCUUGCGAGGAAACAGCUGAAAAAGAACGAUGAAGGAUUCUUUUCCUCCCUUGGUGAGGAGCUCCCGUGGCGGGGGCAUCCCAAAAGCAGCACGACCAUUACUUCUUCUAGUACCGCAAAAAAAGAUGAUCGCGCGUUGGUGCUCGCGGAGUUCAUUUUGGAGAUGGAUCUCUUUUUCUUGGGUAUCAAAGGCCUGGACUUGCAGUUUGUAUCAGCGAUGAGCCUCCACGUCCGGCCGGGUCCAAGUUCUCCCAACGCUGGCGCUCGGUCACCGAGGAGAAGUUUUGUUGAAGACGUCGAUUUAUUGAGGUACGGGGACGAUGCCAAUCAUAACACGUCGGCGGGGGCCGCAUCUUUGUUAGCAUCGGCGUCCUCUUCGUCCGACUCCGUUGUUCUCUACACUUACUACAACGCAUGGCCGCCGACUCGCGCGUUGGGGUUACUUGAGCAGCAGGAUAGAGUUCUGCCGUUUCUGGAGAACCGUAUGUCAUUUCAACCAGACUUUCGGGCGUCCGGCAUAUGCCUGCGAGAGACCGAAAGUUACCUGGGACUGCUGGCGCACCGGGGCGUAAGUGCCCGCUUUGCUGUCAAGUACGGCGUCGAUAACUUCAGCGUAGACCACGACGGGGCCGCCGCCGCUGGUCACCAACACCAGAGUGCUGGUGCGGCUUCGGUAUUCUUUAGCAGGACAAGUGGUCAAUCGAAAACACAUCACUCCUCGCGCUACCAGGGACCUCGACCUCUUUCUCAUCGGCUUGCCAAGCAGGAGGAGCAAGCAUCUCCUUCACCCGCCCAACAAGAAGUUGAUACUGUCGCGGAGAGCAGAGCCACACGCUCGUCGGGCAUCGUGCUCGGACGCUUUGCGCGCGGAAUGGGGCGGUGUCUAAUGUUGUUCUACCGCAGGAGAAGUAGGCAGCAUCGAUCAAGAAUUACAACAAGCGCGGCCAGCGGGAAGUUAAACAUGGAGCAUGGGCAACACAUCCAGGAAGAGGAACAAUCUAUCCUGGGUCUUCUCGUUGCCUUCUUCGAAUGCCUUGCAUACGAACACACGGUUCGCAUACCGCCCUUUGAAUUUGAUGCGACCGGGCAACAGCUACUGGAUCCCGACGCGACGGCGCAGCUCCUGUCUUGCGAAAACAGGCCGGUAGCCAGUGAAACGCUCAGCGAGAUAGCAGGACCCUCGGCGUCAAAGCCAAAAGGAAGUGGAGUAGUUGACUCUGAGCUUAUUAUGCUGAAUCCGCUCUGCUAUCUUACGGUGCCAGACACUCGCGCGGGAGGGGGUGCUGAGUACCACCAGGCGCAGGUCGAUUCUUUUCGGCAAGUCAUGGAGAAGUUGGUGCUUCCAAAGCCAAGCGGCGUGACGCGGCACCCCGAUGCCCCGGAUGAGGUAAUAUGGUGGCACCCAAAGGCCUUUCACGCACGCAGACUGGCUCGGAUGAAUAAUGAAACGGAAAGAAGCGCUCCUUAUCAUUUUACUCGCUUCGGUUCAGCAUCCGUUUCGUAUUCUUCCGCGGCCGAUGAAGCUGCAGCUUCGUGGGAGGACGGUUUGGCGAUGCCCGUGCCACCCAGUGUAUUCGUUGUCGGGCCCCAAUUGCUGACUGGCUCAUCGGAACCAUUGGUAGACUUACGGCUGGAACGCAAAAGCCAGAGACAAAUAAAACUCCAGGUCCAAGAAGAACAAGCAGCCCAAGAACGUCGAGGCAAGACCAACGACGAGCCCUUGUUCGAGGAAACGCCACGGCGUGGCAAGCUCGAGUUGCUCGAAGCAGCCGAGGAACUAGUGUGGUACGAUGGACAGACGCACAUGAAUGCCCAUGCUUACGUGCAGUUUUCCCUGCAGUUGUACGCACGGUUUUUCUAUCCAGUGCAAAGUUAGUUUUUGUUUCGUACAGGUACGUAUGAUUGCGAUAUUUUGCAUGAUAAUGAAUAUGAAUUCACUUCCUUCCAUGAAGAUGAAUCCGCAUUGCCGUCAAUUUUGAAAUUGUUGAAUCUGAGUAGCAAAAUAAUUAGCCGACGACGCGCCUGGAUCAAAAAUAAAAAACGGUGACGACGAGCCUGGAUCACCUCCCUUUCCGAUCUGAUGCCGUUACUGAUUUUUCUCGCAGUUUUAGCUUUGUGAUUUGUAGUUUAAAAAAAAAAAUGGGAUCGGAUUUUUUCGGAACUAUCUAAACUGAGAACGGAACCAACAGCCACCACACCGCGGCGCUUCGCACUUGUCGCCAUUCAGUUUCUUUUCGUAUAUGUUGUUUUUUUUUUUUGUUCUCUUCAGCUAGCUUCAAGCUCGUUUUCUUCUUCAAGUUUUGUUUUCUCUUUUUCUCUCUAUCCAAAAUAGAUAUUCUCUCUUUCCUUCUUCUCUUAGAGGAGACAAAAUUUGCGGUAUUUGCGUCCGCCCCGCGCCAUUCGUUUGCCACGGCCCCCGUCCUCGCCCCGUCUAUGUGUGUUCUUCUUGCUGAUGGUUGGCGUCCCGCGGAUAUGCGCGGGUGCCAGCGGCGGCGGCAAACUUCCAGGGGUUUCUCCUAUUAGAGGCGUAGGCCAGGAAAGUUAGCCCCUAUGCGGGGCUAAACGGUCAGGCGCUACCUAGCUCCCGAUGCUGGGGAGACGCGCGGCGCGCUGUUCUCAUGAUCGAUGGAAGAAGGCCGAUGCGGCCUCCCAGUGGCGGAAGUUGGGGCGCCCUUUUUUGGGCCGAUUAGCUUUACAGCAGUGGGGCAUAGAUAUGCCCCUCCGCCCAGUCUUAGCUCCAACGCCGGCAGUUUUUUCGCAGUCUUCCGUGCCCCAGGGCUCCUUGGAUGUGGUUGCCACAUCCAAGAAAGGAGCUCCUUCUUGGGUGCGGAAGACUGCGGGCUAACCGAUGGAAAGGCAAACAGCCCCAUUGCCGUUGCUGGGAAGCCGUGGCAGGCUCGGCCCCUUUGUUGAUGGUGACCCUGCUUGGCUAUAGAAACAACAUCAAGAAAAACGCCGCGCAGCGACAGGAGGGUGCGCAAGAGAGGGCUACCGCGGGCCUUAGGCCUCCCUCGCUCAGGGAUUUGCUUUGCUUUGAAAGUCGCCACGCGUCUAGCAGACAGCCGAGAUGGCUCGGCCGCCUGUGCGCUGGUCGCCCGGCCGGGGCUUCUCGGACAUUUCUCCGUUUCCGUUUCCGCAUCUGUUUCACGGCUUCGGGUUCCGUUCAUUCUCAGUCUCGCCCCUUUUUUAAAAAAAAAACACGAGAGGAGGCGGGGAAGGAUCCAAGAGUCGCGAAAUAUUUCCGCUCUCAGUUUAGACAGUUCCAAACAAAGCCACAUCCAAAAAAAUAGCAAAAUAAUUAGAUAAGACGCAGCUUUUUCUACGAGUACGAGAUGGAGAUCGAUAUUUUUGCAAUGCAUAUUUUUCGCAUGACGGGCGCAGGUGGGAGCGGCCUCCGCGAAAGUGUAUGAGACGAGUGCACGAUCCCCUCUCCUCCUCGUUUGUCACGCAAGAACGCGACUCGAGUCGUUGCCUUCUGCUUUUCGCACUGCUUGCGUGACCAGCUCCAUGAUUGGGCCAAACAUUACUACGACGCGCUUGAUGCAUGUAAUAAAUUUAUUGCGGCGCACAAUUUAAGAACCCAAACAGCACGUCGAGGAGCACUGCAAAUCUGCAUCUUGCUGACCACGCUUGUCGUGUUCGUGUUGACGCUGCCCAUGGCCUCGAAAUGAGGAGCAGGGGGAAAGCGCCGGCGAGUGACGCACUCUCAUAAAGCGAGUGGUCCUUCCUAAAGUACGCGGGUCUGGUGGGUCUUCCCAGUGUGCAAAGUGAGCUCGUGGAAGCGUACCAAUUUGUUUCGAACUGGUGGCGAUCUCUCAGCCACGAAGUCCCCGGGGUCGUGCGUGUGGAAAACAUCGUCGUGCCGUACAAGAUGACCAAUCUAGACUUGUUGCGUCAGCGGGAUCAGCCGCAGCCUUGGGAAGACGACAUUGACGUGAUGCUUACCUCCGUCUUGCAUUGGGAAGAAAUGGAAGUGAAUCAGCAUGGUGCUGCGGUUCCGGUUCCGCCGCAGGUUCUGGAGCGCCGGAAGAGUCAGUACCGCGGCUGGCACAGCGUCGCCGAGUGUCUGAUGACUCCGGACGGAGAUCGGCAUCCGCUUUUGAAUCAUGACGGGGAAGAGGUCGCGGCUCCAGCACAACCUGGCGGCGACUUGCCAGCGGUCGAAGAGCAGGAUGAGCAUCUUGUUCCCUCGCCAUGCGAGCGCAACUCUACGUUCCACCGCGGGCAGCGGCUGGCGCAGACCAUGCAGUUCUUCCUCCGCUACUUUCGGCACUGGUUUCGGUAUGGCUACAUUGGCACGCUAGGCAACGGGUACAUCCACUUGCGAAAAAUGUCCGCAAUCGCGAUCCCCGUGGAUAUUCAGGUCCGGCUGUAUGAACCCCCCGGGCGCUACGUACCUGCGGGCCUGCUCUACGGGUGUCCAAGUGCACAACUCCAGCCCCCCCUCGUCGACCCCCUCAUUUAAAGGGCAAGACCAGCAAUAAAAUAUAAAGUAGAAUUCAAUCCGCACCACGACUUGCAGUACAAUUCAGGGCGGACAAGAUUGUACUAGUAGUGCUGAUGUUUCGGUUCCCGAACCCGAAACUUGUUGUUAUACGAAUAAUCCGCUAAAUAGUGCCAAAAGUGACACCAGGGACCGCGAGUGCAACAGUAUUUGGUAUUUUGCAUAACAAACGAGGAGGGUCGGUGUCGGGGGAGUUGUGCACUCCCAUAAGCGGGCGCCAGUGCACAUUCACCCCGAGCGUUUUCUCGAUCUCACCGCGUGGUAUAUCCCGGGUAUCCCUUUGAUGACCUGGAAGAGCUUCCUAUUCCCUGAAACUUGACCAUCCCCAUCCACUUUUUGCCUCGUACAUACAUACCGCAUCACUUCAUGUCAUUGUAUGCUAAAUACAAAUUGGAUACGCGGCAUGGUUAGUUUUUAGGGGAUACUUCCCUCAGUGCAAGGUCCCAAAGUUCCGAGCUCACCCUGCUUGUGUUAUGCAAUGCAAAAUACUUAAGCAUCGUACUUGAUGUCUACCUAGAGUUGCAAUCAAAAAUUUAAUUCUUCCACGACGAGGACCAGAAAAAAUGCCUUUUGCAAUGAUCAUUUGCCUCGUUAGGCCAUAGUACAGAUCUUUCAUGCAUGACAUGAGCGGCAACUAGCACGAGAACUGGGAGUGCGAUGUUUAUUUUGCAUUGGAUAUGUGUGAAGGAACUGCAACCGCGCUCGAAGGACAUGCAUAUGUAGUGGUGCUACAGCUGCAGUUGCAGUGGUAGUGGAUUGGAUGUUGGAUAUAUCGAGACAAAAAACCCACUUCCCUUCGGCUGCAGCAACAGCAACUACAGGCUGACGCUUUUAAUGACUCUCCCCAUGCCUGUGGUUCUUUGUCUUUCUACCUCCAUAACCAUAAGUAGCCACAAGGACCAGGAUGAAGAAACAAGAAAGGUAGAGAAAAAAACAACAAGUACGACGAAGACGGGGCGGCUCUCGUUCCUACAUUGAAGACAU